AGCGAGUUGGACCUUGGACAUUCUCUCUCUGAUCUCUGAUCUUUGCAAAGUUGCCAUCCUCUCGAUCGCUGAUGAAACCAUCUCAACGUCCACACAUCUGACCAUACACUUCAAAUCAAAUCUACACGACGCAAUCAUGGCAGAAGAAAUCUCUCAGGGCGCCGUUCACAACCUCUACUACAGCGACCCCGCUCCGGAGAGCGGCGUGUUCCAGCCGACCUUGCAGGCGUUGAGCGUCAAGAGGAUCCAGACACCCGCUGGUAACACGACCGAGCGAUACAGGGUCAUCUUGUCGGACGGGCAACAUUACCUACAAUCGAUGCUCGCCACCCAGCUCAACCCCCUGAUCGAGUCGAAACAGAUCGACAAGAACAGUCUUCUCAAACUGACUGGGUACUCGAUGAACUAUGUGCAAGGUCGAAGACUGUUGAUCCUCCUCGCGGCUGAUAUCGUUCAAGCUCAGGUAGAUCAAAAGUUCGGUAACCCUUCCGCUAUCGACAAUCUUGGUGCACCGGGCGCCAACAACAACUCGCCGGCUGGAGGGUCCGCCCCGAAAGCGGAGAACAGCAACAAUACGAAACCUGCUGUACAGGAGACCAAGCCUGCACAGACGGGUCCUGCUCGAGGUGGAGCGGCGGGUGCGAGGGGAGGUCGAGGAGGAGCUGCCGGACGAGGUGGAGCAGGUGGAGCGGGUGCGUCGAGAGGUGGUGGGGGUGGAGCGCCGAUGGGGCCGUUGUACCCUAUCGAAGGGUUGAGUCCUUACCAGAACAAGUGGACGAUCAAGGCUCGGGUGACUCAGAAGUCGGAUAUCAAGCAUUGGUCGAAUCAACGUGGAGAGGGUAAACUGUUCAGCGUUACCUUGAUGGACGAGACGGCCGAGAUCAAAGCUACCGGGUUCAACGAGGCCGUCGACAACUUCUACGAAAAGCUGCAAGAAGGAAAAGUCUACUAUGUCUCGAGGGCCAGGGUGAAUAUCGCCAAGAAGCAGUUUAGCAACAUCAACAACGAGUACGAGAUCAUGUUUGAGAACAACACCGAGAUCGAGCCGUGUGAUGAUGACAACGUGCCGCAAGUACAAUACAAGUUUGUGCCCAUCUCGGAGAUUGCCAAUGUCGAGAAAGACCAGACCGUCGAUAUCCUCGCCGUGGUCAAAGAGGUCGGGGAACUCGGUUCAAUCACCUCGAAAGCGACUCAGAAGCCGUUUGCGAAGCGAGAUUUGACGCUGGUUGACCAGUCGCAACAUAGCAUCCGACUGACUCUGUGGGGAAAACAAGCCGAGAACUUCAAGGGGGAUGAGCAACCGGUCAUCGCUGCCAAGGGGGUCAAGGUUGGCGAUUUCGGAGGUCGAUCCUUGUCCAUGUUCAGUUCGAGCACCAUGUCUUUGCACCCUGACAUUGACCAGGCUCACGCAUUGAAGGGAUGGUUCGACGCCGAAGGCAUGAGUGUGCAGUACCAGACUUACUCAAACUCUGGCAUGGGAGGUGGAGCUGGAGGGGCUCAAGCGAUCCGACCGGACGAGAUCAAGACGAUCGGGCAGGUCAAGGACGACAACAUCGGCACAUCGGACAAGACCGAGUACUUUUCGACGAGGGCCACCAUCAACUUUGUCAAGCACGAGACGUUUAGUUACCCGGCUUGUCCGACUGAAGGGUGCAACAAGAAGGUCGUGGAAGAGGGCGAUGGGUGGAGGUGCGAGAAGUGUGAUCGAACUUACCCGGCGCCUCUGCAUCGUUACAUCCUGAGCUUGAGUAUCAUGGACCACUCGGGACAUAUCUGGGUCACGGCUUUCAACGACGUUGGCGAGCAGCUACUGGGGAAGACCGCCAACGAGCUAAUCGAGCUGAAGGACAUGGACGAAGCUGCCUUCUCUGCUGCGUUCACCAAGGCUCAAGCGAGGUCGCUUACCUUCAGCUGUUCAGCUCGACAAGAUACCUUCAACGACCAAACCCGUGUUCGAUAUAGCAUCCGACGAGCCAUCCCGAUCGAUUACAAGACGGAGGCGAUGAAUCUCGCCAAGUUGAUCGAGGCCAUGUGAGCGGGCCAUCCGAGACAGGGGAUUGGGAUGUUUUGCGGAUCUGCAAGAGAUAACACUAUAGUCGGUUCUCCAUCUUGUAUACAUGUAGGUAAAUAUGUAUUGGCUAUGUCUUUGACUUCAAGGCGUCGCAGGGCUGGGAAUGGUCUUGCGACUGUUCUCGAAGGUAUGAAUCAGAUGUGCAGGGA